AUGAAGUUCUCCCACAGCAUUCAGUUUAACGCCGUCCCGGACUGGUCCUCGAAUUACAUUUCCUACUCGAAUCUCAAGAAGCUGAUAUACCAGCUUGAGAAGCAGCUUCACCACAAUGGCCAGCCUUCUUCGAGUAACCAAGAUCCGGAAUCUUCGCCUCUACUCGCCUCCGGGUCUAUAGACGACCCGGACAAAGUUUUCUCGCGGAAGCUGGAUGAUGAGUUGGAGAAGAUCUGCACUUUCUACCAGCUGAAGGAGCUCGAGGUCAUUGGCGAGGUGGAAGCGCUACUCCGGGAUGUGGAGGAGUUUGAAGCGGAGCAUGCAGCCGGUGAAGACGACGAGGAUGGGCUACGGAGACAGAGUGUGUUCGCGAGGGCUAGGCAACACAGCAUCUUCAAAUCAUUUCAGGCUCCAAACAAGCGGAGAAGGACUUCGACAGCGGGAAGCGGUAGGGAUGGGACGAUAGAGGAAGAAGACGAGAGCGACGAGGAGGACAACGAACAGACAGCGCUCAACAAGAGUCAGGCAUCCUUAGAAAGACGGCCUACGAAAGGAAAAGACUACGCUUCUGAAGGGCAGCACAGUAGCCAUGAAUUCUCAGCAUCAGAUUUCCGGCGGAGGCCGAGUACCGCAUUCAACGAUUUCGGGGAUGAUGCGCUGCAGGCCCUCUACGACGAGGGAAUAACUCUGAAGAAGAGGAUCACAAAUCUCUACGUGAACAUCUGCGAGCUGCGAUCUUUCAUCCAACUCAACGAGACAGGUUUCAGCAAGGUCCUGAAGAAGUACGAUAAGACUCUGGACCGCAAUCUCAAACGCUCGUACCUCGAUCAAAAUGUGAAGCCUGCGUACCCAUUCCAGCCCAGCACGAUGGAACGCCUUGGAGAGCAUCUUCAGAGGGUAGAAGAAUCUUAUGCGACAAUCGUGACCAAAGGAGAUGUAGAAGGCGCACGACAAGAGCUGCGUCUGCAUCUGAGAGAGCAUGUCGUUUGGGAACGCAACACGGUCUGGCGAGAGAUGAUUGGCAUUGAGAGGAAAGCGCAGGCUGCCAAUCUAGGCAUUCGGAAUACGAUGCUUGGACAAGACACCGAUCCCAAGAAAGCGCGGCUACAGGGCGAUCAAGAGAAUGGAGCACUGAAGGAGGUUGUUACGCCGAUUGGCAGGUAUCAAUGUCCUAAGCCUUUGCUCUCAGGUACUUUCUGGGUGUUGGUUGCUAUCGUGGCGGUCUUUGCUGUGCUUCUGGCUGUUCCGAUCAUGGACAAGCCGGAGCAGCAAAACUGCUUGGCACUUGUCGUUUUCGUUUCUUUACUUUGGGCGACAGAGGUAAGUUCUGUGCAGAGGACUGGAGAAAUCAGCUGACAUGUUCACAGGCGAUACCCUUGUUCGUCACAUCGCUGCUCGUGCCGUUCCUUUGCGUCGUCUUGCAAGUCGUGCGAGAAGACCGCAAGCCAUACCGGAGACUGUCAAGCAAAGAGGCCGCUGGAUAUGUCUUUGCCUCGAUGUGGACUCCGGUGAUUAUGCUCCUGCUAGGUGGCUUCACCAUUGCCGCUGCGCUGAGCAAGUACAAUAUCGCGAAGAUGAUGGCAACUUUCGUAUUGUCGAAGGCUGGCACGAAGCCCAGGACGGUGCUAUUGACCAGCAUGGGUGUCGCGACAUUCGCCAGUAUGUGGAUCAGUAAUGUCGCGGCGCCGGUGCUGUGUUUCAGCAUCAUUCAGCCGAUCUUGCGCAACCUGCCGGCAGACAGCGACAUGUCGAAAGCUCUGCUUCUCGGCAUUGCACUGGCUUCGAAUAUGGGAGGAGCCGCUUCGCCUAUCGCAUCACCGCAGAAUCUCAUCGCUCUAGAGAAUAUGGAGCCUCAACCAGGCUGGGGUACAUGGUUCUUCGUGGCGCUGCCCGUUUGCAUUGUCACAAUCCUGCUCAUCUGGCUUCUACUGCUGGUGACCUUCAGACCCGGACGAAACACAACUAUCGUGCCUAUCAGGCCGAUGAAGGACAAGUUCAACGGCGUUCAGUGGUUCAUCUCGAUAGUGACCUUGGCGACUAUCGUCCUGUGGUGUGUCAGCCAUGAGCUCGAGGGUAUUUUCGGCGAUAUGGGUGUAGUCGCCAUCAUUCCCAUCGUGCUCUUCUUCGGAACGGGUAUCUUGACAAAGGAGGAUUUCAAUAACUUCCUGUGGACCAUCAUUAUCCUAGCGGCAGGAGGCUUGGCGCUGGGAAAAGCUGUCAACAGCUCAGGAUUGCUGACCACGAUCGCCAUCUCCAUUACGGAUAUGGUGGCUGACCUGUCACUAUACGGCGUCACCUGUGCUUUUGCAGCUCUGAUUGCCGUCGUGGCUACAUUCAUCAGCCACACUGUCGCUGCACUCAUCAUCCUCCCUCUCGUCCGAGAAGUGGGAGCUGGUAUGGCUGAGCCGCAUCCGAACCUGCUCGUCAUGGGCUCUGUGCUUAUGGCUUCUGCCGCUAUGGGCCUGCCCACGAGUGGCUUUCCAAACAUGAGUAAGUUGUUCUUGCAUCUAUUCGCUUGCCCUUCAAAGCGUAUGCUGACUUUCCUGUCUUCCCUAGCUGCCAUCAUGAUGGAAGACUCGCAAACCGGACAACGAUACCUUCAAGUCCGACAUUUCCUGACGAGGGGUAUCCCGAGUAGUAUCAUUGCCUAUGCUGUGGUUGUCAGCGUUGGAUACGGACUGAUGGUUGCUGUUGGAUUCUAG